AUGCAGAGUUCAGUAGUGCGCAGAUCCACAAGAAUGUCAUGCAUCCAUAGGCCGCCUCCUCAAAAUAUAUCCCCAACUCAGUGGUGGAUGCCUCCCUAUAAUGAUUUUGUAAAAGUUAAUGUAGAUGCCUCUUGGAAGCAAGGUAUGGAUGUGGCCAGAGUGGGGAUCAUAAUUAGAAGAGCCGAUAGGUCUUUCCUGGCAGGUUUCUCAGGCCAAACCAAUGCGUCCUCUUCAGUUGCGGUUGAGACUUUGGCAAUAAUGGAAGGCUGCAAGUUUGCUCUUCAUGAGGGUUUGAAUAAUGUGAUAAUUGAAUUCGACUCACGCAAGGCGAUUUCUAGUGUUCAUGGAAGCAUUGCGAGAGGGAGGUGGCAAUUAUACCCUUUUCCCAAAACCAUUCGACUAUUCUUUAGUAAUUUUCAUCAAUGUUAUUGGUCCUGGAUUCCUAGAACCGUCAACUUGGCAGUUGAUCAUUUGACCAAGCUAUCUUCCUCGAGGAUGUGCUCUUUUUUUGGGUUGACCGACCCCCCCAUCCUCUCUAACAGGCAUUACCACAAAAUGGUUAGGCUGAUGCUGGUUGGUUUGUGA